CACACGAAACCUCAAUAAGAUUCAUGUGGUCCCGUCUCCAGCAGAAUCCCGCCACCGCCAGUAAAAGUAACGGGCAACAACAAAACCCACAUCGAAAAAAUAUUCCUUCUUCUUAUUUCCUUCAUUCUAGUCGCUGAAACGAACAAAUGGAGCCUCUCAGCGCAAACUUUGAACUCCUAAAUGCCUCAAGACCCACUUCGAUUCCACUCUUUUCACGGCGAUUUUCGUGGCUAAAUCGUGGCAUUAGCAAAAAAUCGAGUGUGUCGUUGUCCUGUGGUUCAUAUAAUCAUAACCAUAAUCAUCAUCAAGCGGUUAAAACAGAGGGUCCUAGACAACAAUCCAGCGGUCAUGAUUUGGUCCAGUCAAUAACGAAAGGGUUCCUUGGUUUUGCUGCAGCAGCCACGGCUCUGGCCUCUGUUUGUGCUGAUUCUCCAGCUUUUGCUGAGUCUCUGACCGUCGCUUUUCCAGCUUCCCGCGCUCAAGAGGUGAAUACAGUGCAAAGAACUCUUGUGGAAGCCUGGGGGUUGAUAAGAGAAACAUUUGUUGACCCAACAUUUAAUCAUCAAGACUGGGAUUUGAAGUUGCAGCAGACGAUGGUGGAAAUGUUUCCCUUGAACUCGGCUGAUGCAGCAUAUGGUAAAAUAAGAGGAAUGCUUUCAACUCUUGGCGAUCCCUUCACUCGGAUUAUCAGUCCGAAGGAGUACCAAAGUUUUAGAAUUGGAAGUGACGGGAAUUUACAAGGAGUUGGUCUAUUCAUAAAUGUUGAACCAAAAACUGGUCAUUUGGUUGUUUUGUCUUGUCUAGAGGGUACCCCAGCUGCUCGUGCUGGUAUACAUGAGGGGGAUGAGUUGAUUGAGAUUAAUGGGCAGAGACUUGAUGGUGUUGACGGUGAAGCAGCAGCCCAGAUGCUUAGAGGCCAAGCUGGAACAUCGGUUACUGUAAAGCUCCACACAGGAAAUGAUUCAGGACGUGGUUCAAGUACCAAAGAGGUCAAACUACCUCGUGAAUUAAUUAGGCUUUCAUCAAUAUCCAGUACUGUCAUCCCUCAUAGAACCCCAGAUGGCCGCCUAACAAAGACUGGUUAUGUGAAGCUGUCAACAUUCUCACAGACUGCUGCUACUGAUAUGGAGAAUACAAUUCAGGAAAUGGAAAACCAGGGUGUACAGUCAUACAUACUGGAUUUGCGGAACAACCCUGGAGGUCUAGUGAAAGCUGGGCUUGAUGUUGCCAAGAUAUGGCUAGAUGGGACUGAGACUCUUGUGAACACAGUUGAUCGUGAUGGGCAUAUGUCACCCAUCAACAUGAUCAAUGGCCAUGCUGUUACGCAUGAUCCUCUUGUUGUUCUUGUGAAUGAGGGAAGUGCAAGUGCCAGUGAGAUUUUGGCAGGUGCACUACAUGACAAUGGUCGAGCUAUCCUUGUGGGUCACAAAACAUUUGGCAAAGGGAAGAUUCAGAGUGUGACAGAGCUACAUGAUGGAUUUGCUCUUUUUAUAACAGUUGCAAAGUAUCUAUCACCUGCUCUUCAUGACAUAGAUCAGGUUGGCAUAAUACCAGAUGUACAAUGCACAACUGACAUGCUCAAUUCAUCACCCAAGGAAACAUUGAUGAAGGAUAAAAGCUCAGUUUUGUUGCUGGAAGCUGAUUCUUGCAUCAUGGUAGCAGAGCAUGAGUUGGACAUUCAAGAGUCCAAAGGGACAGUUUCUUGAAAUGUACAGUUCUGUAGGAAUCAAACCUUUAUAUCUUAGAAACAAGGUGUAUAAAUCCAAAGGAAGAAUAUAAACUUUAUGCGGUAGUCAACUAUCAACUUGUACAUCUAAUUAUAACCUGUAUAUCAUUAGGACUAAGCAUUGCACCGCUCCUGCCACCUGCAUGAGCCAAUCGCAUAUGCAGGAGAAAGCAACAAACCUGUGCAACUGAUUUGUAUGAAAGAAUCAAAAAAGCCCUAUGCAUUUAUUCAUUGUUCUUUGUUUUUGACUUGCAACAAGUUCUGUCAAUUCCACAUUGGGGUGUGUUUGGAAUGUUGGAGAAUUAUUGAUAGGUUGUGAUAAAUUGUGAUAAAUAGUGGAAGAGAGUGAUUCUUAAGGCGUUGCACAUGCCCUUGCUGGAAUAUCAGCAGGGGCCCUGAUUUUGACUGAAACAUUAGGAAAGGACAUCUAGCUGCACCUUUGAUAGAUACUAUACACCUUACUUUCAGGAGAAAUGCACGCUACCAAUGAAAUAAUUGUUUCCCUCAGAAUUUCUCUAGGUAGAUUUGUUCUAAUUAGUCAUGGCAAAAGUCAUAUUAUCAAACUGGAAUCCUAUUCCACAACUUGCUCCAUCAAUACUUCCUGCCAAGCUUGUGGAUGCUAUUAUUUGUUAUUCCUCUCACCUUUUGCAGAAGAGAAUAGAUGGUUGGGUCACUCUUACUAUUUAUCAUGGUUGAAAAUAAAGCAUGAACUUACUAUAAACGUAUCGCGGUUAGCUGCAUGAGACAGCAUAAAUUUCAAGCACCUUGCAACCCAGAGGCAGAGAAACAGAUCAA